GCUCUGCGAUCAUGAUCUUCCGGAUGAUCUUACGUGCCACGCUUGGAUAUCCACUUUGCAGAAACUCGAAGUCCCAUCCUGGUGAUGUCCUUCUAAAAACCAUCAUUGACGCCGCUACACGAGACAUCGGCAAAUCGCAACCUCGUCUGUACUCUGGAAGCUUCCACGUCACAAUACAACUCGCUGCUUCGCACGACCAUGGACAAGGAAGCACGGGCUGAAGAAGGCUUACCGUCGAAAGACAGCGCAGCCGAACUGUCAACAUCUGACCUGCACCACCAGGACGAAAAGCCAAACAAUCAUGAUUUCAACGAGCAGACGUACUACGUGCCAAAAUCAACCAUCAUCACCAUUUUCCUCGCAUGCUCAACGGUCGACUUUCUUGCUUUGAUGGACCAGACGACACUCGCCGCCAGUUUGACAAUCGUUAGCAACGCACUGCACGCGGGCGAUGAGCAAGCAUGGAUCGCCGGUGCCUAUUUCGUCACCUCCACAUGCUUCCAACUCCUGUACGGCCGGCUUUCAGACAUCUGGUCACGCAAGCUCAUCCUGCUCAUCGGUCUUGCCAUCUUCUUCAUAGCUUCCCUGGGUGCUUCGCUCGCAAACACCUCGAUUCAGCUGAUCGUCUUUCGCGCUUUAACCGGUAUUGCCGGAGGUGGCAUUAUGACUGUGGCGCAGAUGAUUGUAAGUGAUGUCGUGCCUUUGCGCGAACGAGGGAAAUACCAGGGCAUUCUUGGCAGCGUCGUUGCCUUGGCCCAUGGCAUCGGUCCAAUCGUCGGCGGCGCUUUGGCAUCUUCGUCUACAAAUGGCUGGAGGUGGAUCUUUCGACUGAAUCUGCCUCUGGCUGUGUUAGCGACUGCUUGUGCUGUGUUCUUGAUGCCGCUGAAGAAAGUCGAGGGAGAUUGGAUGCUGAAGCUCAAGGCAAUCGACUUCUUCGGCGCUCUACUCGCGCUUGCCGGAGCCACACUCAUUGUCCUUGCUUUGACUUGGGGCGGUGCAGCAUAUCCUUGGAAUUCUGCUCACGUCGUCGCAACGCUUGUCGUUGGGUUGUGCGCGUCUGUUGGCUUCGUGGUCUGGCAAUGGAAGGGACCAAAAUACCCUCUUGUGCCUCUUCACAUCUUCAAAGCCAAGAUUGUCAACGGAGCUUGUCUUACCAUGGCGAUCAAUGGCUGGAACUUUCUGGUUCAGAUGUACUACAUCCCAUCAUUCUACCACAUCGUCUACAAUUACUCUGCAGUACGCUCUGCUGCACUCCUUCUGCCGAUCACACUCCUGCAAACAGCCGCGAGCACCAUCUCUGGCCUUGUCGUACACUGGACCGGGCGGUAUCGUGAAUCAAUACUCUUUGGGUGGGCUUGCUGGGCUCUCGGGCUUGGUCUUUACUCAACAUUGGAUGUCAACGAUGGUCUAGGAAAACAGACCGGAUAUGCCAUCCUGACUGGCGUCGGAUGCGGCAACACCUUGCAACCAGCUUUGAUUGCCGUGCAAGCCGGAGUCGACCGCAAAGACAUGGCCGUCGUCACCUCUUUCCGAAACUUCACUCGCAACUUCGCUGGAAGCAUCGGCUUAGCUGUCGCCGGCACCAUUCUCAACAACCUCGUUGGUGCAGCCGUUCGGUCUCUGGAUCUCGACACAGAAGACACAGCAGCGCUCCUGAAAUCUCCCCAAGCAUACCUUGCCGAUCGCUCGGUGGCGGAAGCUGAUCAGAUACGUCAGACCAUCAUUCCAGCGUACAGGGACGGCUUUAGAAUCAUCUUCCUCAUUGGAGCAUCUUUGGCGGCCUUCGCAUUUUGCUUGUGCUUUUUUCUCAUGCCGCAGGUGCCUCUUGAUAGAGACGAUGAUGAAAAGUUGAAGGAGGAAGGUAAGAGGUUGAAAGAAGCUCAGAAUAAGCUGUGAGUGGGGCGAGGAUACGAAGGCGAAGUGCAAGGGUAUCAACAAGCAAGGCUGUGGUCACGUGCAAUGCGUCAGCGGCAAGAUACACGCCGCCAAAGGCUGAAGUGAACACAUGCAGUGUCUCGAUCAAUGCCAAAAGGCUUUCACCCAGGUUCAUUGAAAUUACGGGCGGUAUAGACACGUCGCAGUAUUUUGGCCUGGGCC